GCAGAUUCCCGCUAUUCCCGCGGUUUACGAGAGUGCUACAUCCGCCGCCCGCUCCGCUUUGGGACGAGCGACCUACUUCGCUAGCUGCGUGCUGCGUUGUGAAUCUUUCGCUACUCUGCCUUCGCAACAGACCGCACCAUGUCAUCGCGCGUUGCUGUGGUCACAGGUGGCAACAAGGGAAUUGGGUUCUGCAUAGUCAAGUUCCUGUGCCAGCAGUUUGACGGAGAUGUCUUUCUGACUGCCAGGGAUGAGACACGUGGAAAGCCUGUGUCAGAGCUCAACAAAAUGCAGCUGCACCCGAAGUUCCACCAACUUGACAUUGACGACCUCCAGAGCAUUAAGAGAUUCCGUGACUUCCUCAAGAGCAGUUACGGUGGCCUGGAUGUACUUGUUAACAACGCUGGCAUUGCGUACAAGGCGAGUCUAUCUCUUUUUCUCCUCCCAUGUGCCUGCAGGGUGGUGAAUUUGAGCAGCGUGUGUGGCAUGCUUAAGAGGAUUCCUGGAAAAGAAAUCAGGGAGAGGCUUCGCAGGCCUGACAUUACUCUGGAGGAGCUCUGUGGCCUCAUGAACGAGUUUGUACAGGCCGCAAAAGAAGGCAAGAAUGAAGAGAAAGGUUGGGGGCGCUCUGCUUACAAUGUGUCCAAGGUUGGCAUCACUGUGCUGAGCUUCAUCCAGCAGCGUGAAUUUGACGCAGACCCUCGGGAAGACCUUAUUGUAAAUGCUGUGCACCCAGGCUAUGUUGAUACGGACAUGACAAGCCACAAGGGGCCUUUAACGCCCGACCAAGGUGCUGAUGCUCCCACAUACUUGGCUAUGUUGCCUCCGAAUGUCAAAUCACCCAAAGGAGAGUUUGUCUGGAAUGACCGCACUGUGACACCAUGGGACGAGUAACUGCAGAAAGGACCAGUGGUCUUGCAUUUUUCACACAGGGGCACUUGCUGACCUAUUUUAUAAUUGCAGACCACAAUACCAAGCCUUCGAACAAAAGUGAAGUUGGAAAAAUGUACCUGCUCACUUCAUUGUAAUAUGAAUGCUGGAGUGGCAGCUUUCUUUAGGAAUCAUGGAAAA